GAAGCUGAUAGCAAUAUAAGAAUAGUGUUCCAGUACCUAUCAGCAGUCAGUUUGUGUGCGGUUUGGCAUCCAUAAAGAUGGCUUUCUUGGUGGAGAAAUUUUGUGCCGUUAUCAUCUUGCUGGUGUUGCUUUCCAUUCGUCCUGCUAGGCCGCUGGAACUAUUUCCGAAAAAUGUACUGGACAAGGCCAAGGACAUCACUAAAGCGAAUGUGCGAAUCGGCGAGCGAAUGGUUUCCAAUGUUCCGAUGCUUUUGCCCAGCGUGAAGGAAAUUCGUGAAUUUGGAAAGCAAUCACUUCUGGGAUAUCCCUUCGAAGCCGUAGCUUUCGGAAUACAUAGCUUUUGUUCGGCCGCCGUGGCAUCCAACGGGACGGAACCUUUCUUCGAACCAGAUCUAAGCCUAAUGAACUACGUUCUGAUGACGGAAGCCGGUAAUUUUUCGUACCCGUUGGACAAAGCUCAAGACUUGUGGGAAAGUUCGGAGUUCUCAAAGGAUCUGGACACAGUGAUUGUAGUCACGGGCUGGUUGACCUCCAUCAAUGAAACAAACGAUGCGGUUACUGAAUUGUACAAAGCGUAUAACGCGAGAGGAGCCCACAAUUUUAUCGUACUUGACACGGCUGCUCAGCUAACAACGUUGUACACUUGGUCAUCGUUCAGCACCAACGCUCUUGGGACCGCACUGGGUGACGGUUUGGCUAAGCUGAUAAACUAUGUUCCGGUGAAGUCUAUUCACGUGAUCGGACACAGUUUGGGCGCACAUAUUAGUGGUGCGGCUGGACGGCGGUUCCAGGUGCUUACCGGAAACGACUUGCCUCGAAUCACAGGUCUGGAUCCCGCGAACCCAUGCUUCAACGAAGGUGAAUCCUUGUCAGGUCUGAGCCGUGGAGACGCAAGCUGGGUGGAUGUCAUACAUAGCAACGUGAGAGUGCUGGGUAAACGUGACCCGAUCGGCGAUAUAGAUUUCUAUCCUAACGGACUGAAUUCCGUCCAACCAGGAUGCCUCACCGUGGUCUGUUCGCACAGCCGUGCAUGGGAAUACUACGCAGAAAGUGUCUAUCCGGAAAAUGAGAACAACUUUGUCGGCGUCAAAUGUAACAGUUUGUCGGCCGUCAUCGAUGGAUUAUGCAACUCGAUGACCGCAACCAUGGGCUACAAUGUAAGCCACAAACGGAAGGGUAGCUUUUUCCUAAGGGUUCACUCAAAAUCGCCUUAUGGCAGAAAGCAGGACUAUUGAGAGUGGCGCUAUGGAAUGGCAAGAGGUGAUCCAUUGGAUUUCAUUCAUUUUUUUUAAAGAUAAAUGACCAACAGAUUUAAGUAUGUAUUAAUAUUUUAUUUUUGUAUGAUUAAUGUUUUCCAAAUAAAG